GUUUCGCCUUCUCCUUCUCCUCCCUUCUGUGAUUGAUCGGUUCAUUCAUGUUGACGCGCAAUUUGGUUUGCACCGCCCUCUUUGCCUUUUAAGGUACCGCUAUCUUUAAUCCCCCUCUUCGCCUCUUGCGCAAUCCCAGUACAACCCCACCAUGGCGACGGCAUUGCGAUCACAAACUCCCCUACAAGACUCAUUUGGGCCAUCAUCACAUCCUCCUGAUACACUGGUCCCAGGUCGGGGCUACGGCGCACGAUCAGGCUCGCGGCCCAACUCUUACGCCGGCAGUACUUCCGGAUAUAACGGCGCUCACGGCGCUGUCGACCCGUCCCCUCUCGCUAACUACGGGCGCUUCCACGAGGAGUUGGAUACCAUGAGCAUGCGGGGUUCUGCAGACCGACCGUCAAUAAUGCAACGGUCGGCGUCUGCAAUGUCUCACUCGCGUGCCGCCACGCCAACUAGAUCCGGGACCCUGAAGAAGAAGUCGUCUCUGAGUAAAAGGGGCAGUCUGCGCCGCAGCGGAAGUCGCCGAAGUAUGCGCGCCGGAAGUGUGCGCAGCCUGGCAUUAGGCGAUAGAGAGAAAUAUGCGGUGGACGGCGAGGAAGACGUCAACAGCGCUUUUUAUAUCCCCGUUCCGACCAGCGGCAAUCCGACAGAGGUUCUGGCAGAGCGCUUCCAGGCUUGGCGCAAAGUUCUCAAGGAUCUGAUUGUGUUUUUCAAGGAGCUGCAGAAGUCAUAUGAAGCCCGAGCGAAGCUCUAUCUUUCUUCAACGAAUAUCAUGAACAAUACGACGCUUCCGUCGACUUUUCUGAAGUCAGGCGGUCUUGGUGACGCGACUGAGAUUCUAACGGGCUUCCAUCGGCAAGCGCAUUACGAGAUGAGCAAAGCCGCAGAGGUUGAAAGCGAAGUUGUCAACCAGCUAGUAGGGCUGCGCAACGAUCUGCAGAAGAAAACCAAAGAGAUCAAGGCACUGGCCGGGGAUUUCCGCAACUCGGUUGACAAAGAAGUUGAUGCUACUCGAAAGACGGUCCGACAUUUGCAAGAAGCCUUAGGCCUAGUCGAUACUGAUCCAUCGGCUACGUCUGGCAAGGGAGAUCCUUUCAUUGUCCGCCUCAGCGUCGAGAAGCAAAUAGAGAAGCAAAUUGAGGAGGAAAACUACCUCCAUCGGGCCUAUUUGAACCUUGAGAGCUCUGGUCGUGAGCUUGAAUCAAUUGUGGUAGGCGAAAUCCAGAAGGCUUACAACGCCUAUGCCGGUAUUAUGAAGCGGGAGGCAGACCACACGCUCGACACGGUAGACAAGCUUCGCGCGGGCCCAAUCUCAAUGCCGCAUGAUCAUGAAUGGAACGCAUUUGUCGCAAAUACGGACGAAAUGGUGGACCCGCGUAUCCGAAUCCGUGACGUUGAAAGCAUUACGUAUCCCGGCAAGGAUCAUCCGGCUGCUGCAGAAGUCAGGUCAGGGAUGCUGGAACGCAAGAGCAAGUAUCUGAAGAGCUAUGCUCCUGGAUGGUAUGUUUUGUCACCGACUCACCUCCAUGAGUUUAAGUCGGCGGAUAGGGUUGCAUGGCAGACACCAGUAAUGUCAUUAUACCUUCCAGAACAGAAACUUGGAUCGCAUUCGCAACCGGACUCGACAUCGCACAAGUUCAUGCUGAAAGGACGGCAAACGGGAACGAUGCACCGGGGUCACUCCUGGGUAUUUAGAGCGGAGUCCCACGAAACGAUGAUAGCCUGGUACGAGGAUAUUGAACGAAUGAUCAAUAUGACAGGAGAGGCACGAUAUGCGUACGUCAGGCGACAUGUACGUACCGUCAGUGGUGCCAGUUUCCGAAGCAGCAGUGACGGAGUAUUGGAUGAAGACGAAGCCGAUCGGACCCCAUACUCUGCUGGAUCAGUUGUGAUGCAACAGGAACGUCCUACAUCUCAGCGCCAACCAGGUGGCAAGUUUCCCAGCGAUGUACAAAUCGAUCGUCACCAACACGCACCACUGUCUCCUUCGAGCGGAGAGAGCUCUGGAGAGAGAGAUUUGCUAGCGACAGCGGGUUCGCUGUCUGAUGGUGCGCACUUUGCUGGCACAGGCGGCCGGUUUAAUCCUGAUCGAGAUCUAGACUCAAUCCAGAAUUCGAACCAGAGCAGAUCUGCAAGUGUGAACGCGGCGCCCCGAUUUCCUAUUGAUGGAUAUGAUCAUCCCUCGGAAAAAUACAUGGUAACAUCUGAUUCCUUCAAUCGUGAUAACCAACAGUUCCCCCAACAAGCGCCUGCCACCAUCAACAACCAGGAAGCGUUCAACUCGAACAGAUAUUCUACAAACUCAAUAUUCGUUGCUGGUCUCGACCCUACUUCGGCACAAGACCACGCCCAGGCUCACCAGCGGAACCGCGGUGAAACUACAUCAACUGCUUUCACAAAUUCCAACAUGACUGAAUACACGCAUAGCACGGUCAACACUGUCCCGACGUCUCUUGAAGAACAGUCGGACGAUGAAAUUGAAUCUGAGAAGCAUAGGCCUCGGACGUCGAUCCCGAGCAGUAUGCGCAACUCGCUGGAUAUUCCCAAGAGACCUACCGCCCAGACCCAGAAGAGCAUCUCAACCAUCGAGUUGCACAUUCCCGGCCACUACCCACCCCAACAAGCGGCUGCAUAAAUGCCGAAGUCUGUGAGUGGGAUGGAGGUGGAAUUGUGGAAAUGCGUGAAUCGUCUAAUCCGCAUGCUAUUUUAUGUUUCACUUGUGAAUGAGUUUCUUUUGUUCUUCACGUUUUCCUAUGUAUCUUGUUUGUGCGGUGUCAUGAUCAGAUCCCCAAACCAUCAUUACCCUUCACCUGUACAUUAUUCCCCAUCGCUGAUAUCCCUUCAGUUGCUGAGAUUGGCUCUCUCAACUUGUCAGUAUUGCCUCGCGUCUUUCAGAUUGAUGCGUGGACUGUUUUAGGGUAGGGCAGAGCACACAAACUCUCCCUGCCCCAAGUCUGUUUUUGGUUUGGCUUGAAUUUAUAUAUCCAGACGACGAGUAUGAAUAUUAUGCCAUUUAUGUUUGC